GUCUUGUCAUGAGAGGACCGGUUGAGCAGAGCCCAGCGCAUGUGGUUAGUUCACGUCUGGACGAGGCUUCAGCUUCUGCUGUGUUCAUUAGGGAGGUUUGCGGUGUGGGUCUGUCUGUGUGGAGAAACUAAUGAAGGGACACUGAAACACCAGCAGGUACUGCACAGACCUCCUACGCAAGUCAGUCCCUCAGAGCUGCAAGAUGUGUUCCAGGAAACCUCCUCUAACAUCUUUCAGAUCAAUGCUAACGUGGUAACACUUGAGAAGAACCUUCCAUCGCUGGGAACAUCCAGAGACACAGCAGAGCUACGGCAGAGUUUACAUUCCACACAGCAGCAAACCAAUAAACUCAUAACAAGCACAAGCCAACUUGUUAAACAGCUCACUGACAUCAUCAGCGGGUCUUCACGGCAAGACAGGCUCCGUCUGACGAGACUCAAGACAGAGCUAUCAGAUUCUUUGCAGCAAUAUGGAGACCUGCAGAAGAAAAUUGCAGAUCGUUCGAGGGCCUUGCUUCCUCCUGCACAAAAGGACAGGAAACAGAGCCUACAGACUUCAUUCAGUGAACUGGUUGAAGAGGGACCAUUGUUCGGAGCAGGGGAGGGCAUUGAGGGUGACGGACAAGCAUUCCUGUCAGAGAUCAGUGAAGAAGAUGUGGAGAUCCUGAGGCAGAGAGAAGAAGCACUGCUGCAGAUUGAGAUGGAUAUACAACAUUUUUUGUCGUGCGGGAGUAGGUCUGCAAAUGAGCAACAGUCAGGCCGUCUGAUGACUUACAGUCACUCUCACAUUGGCUCCUGUCACUCUGCGCUCCUGCAAAACUUCCUGAUGUGUUGCAUUCAUAGAAGUGUCAUUCAUCUUCUGUUUGGGAGAGUGUGUUUUUUCCAUGACUUCUAGCCUUAUCAGUCCACACACUUAAUAGUGCGGCUGCUGCGGUUCCUGUCAGCGGCUCUCGCUGAAGUGUGUGCGCGUCUGUGGUGAAAAGCAGACCUGUGUGUCAGAGGCAGCAGAUGUCUGAGAUUUUUUAUCUAAUGAAACAAAGGCAGACCCUUUGAGUCCUGUCAGAUUUGUGUUUGCACGCUUCCUCCCUAUAUCUACCUCCCUCGUCUGUAUCUUUCUCUUUCCAAAUAAAAACAGAAUGAUGUUAGACAUGAGCAACCUAAUCGUGGCACUAGGAAAAGAGCAGCAAUCUGAUGGCUAUGUUUCAGAAAUGAAAACCAGGCACAUUUCUAAUUCCUCAGAAUAUGAAUUUGCAUUGCCAUUAUUGAUCAAUUGUAAUUUCAUGUAUAUUGACCAUGAUAAAUAUAGUACAUUGUGCAUUGCAUUUUUUCUAAAUCAAAAUAAAUAUUAAGCAUUACAGCUGUUUUCAACACUGUUAAUAAUAAAAAAACAUUCUUGAACAACAAAUUAGCAUAUUAGAAUGAUUUCUGAAGGAUCAUGUGACACUGAAGACCGGAGUAAUGAUGCUGAACAGCUUUGCCUUAGAAAUAAAUUACUUUUUAAAAUAUAUUACAAAAUAAAAGUAAUUUUAAAUUAUAAUAUUAUUACACAAUACUGUUUUGGUUAAAUAAACACACCCGCUGAUGAGGAUAAGAGACUUAUUAGAAUGAUUUCUGAAGGAUCAUGUGACACUGAACACAAGAGUAAUGAUGCUGAAAAUUCAGAUUUACCUUCACAGGAAUAAGAUAUAUUUAAAACUAUAUAACAACAGAAAAAAAGCUGUUUAGUUUGUUUAGGUCUUUAAGUAAUUUCUUCAUAUUUCAUCAGACAUUUUUCCCCACAGACUUCCCUCACAGUGUGUCGCACUGUGACUUAGUGCUUUGAAUUAUUCUGAAUUCAGUGCCUGUUUGCUACAAAUCCAGUUCUCAAAGGGGAUGCAGCUCCACGGAGAUUAAGGAGCCAUUCUAAACAUUACAGUAAAUGAACUUAUGAUUGCUUUAACUAGAUGUGUAUUGUGCUGUUUUUUCUUCACCAUCCUUUAAGUUUCUCCCAUCUAAUCAACUGUAAUGACACUUCAUAUCCUGUUGUUUCUACACACCGAAUUUAGACUGUGCCCAUGCUUUGGUGGGGAAAAUAAAUAUGUUGCUCUGUGAUGGUGCUGACGGCCAGAGACAGAAAAUGCAGAAACUCUUUAGUAAUGUGUGAUUUGGGGCCAUUUUGGCUCCGGCCAAACGGUUUGUGCCAAGAGCCAGGAUGGCUGCCAGUUUCCCAAACAAUUGCAGACACCUGUGAUGAAUGGCUCAAUGGUUUAAGCUCCACUGACCCAGCUGCACUUGCAUAGGGUUGUGUAUGGAGAAAAAAAGGCCUGUGAGCAGGAGAUAGACUCAGGCUUCAGAAGACAACAUGUUGCUUCAGGCCUGUGUAGAGGGAAUUUUGACAUGAAACAGCACCAGAAGAACAGGUUUGGUUUAAACAUGUUAGUUGUCUAUGUUGUAUGUGUUUUAUAUGUUAUGGCUGAGUAUAUUGUGAUUGCGUUGUCACAAUAGUUGCCAACAGCUAUACCAACAUUUCACAAUUUUUUUUUUUCUUUUACAUUUUUCCUAUAUUGAAUAAAAACAGCAUCUUUUAAAAUGUAAAAAUAUUAAUCAUAAUUUUUAUCAGUAUUAAUUAAUUAUUUUUUUUUUGUAAAUAUUCAUUAUCAUUAAGUUUUAUUUGAGUUUUAGUAUUUUAGGGGCACCGAUAACAAAACUAAAUUUUUGAUACCAAUUUGAAUUAUCUAUUGAAUAAAAACAGCAUCUUUUAAACUUUAAAGCAUAAAAAUAAAUGUCAAAUAUUAAUACUGACAAAUUUCAGGACCAUUAUAAUUCUGACAUUUACCAUUUUUAUUUAUUUAUUUUAUUUUAGUUUUAGU